AUGGACGUCCUCAAGUUAGAUGAUAACAUCAUGCAGCAAAGAACACAGAACUUCUCUGGCUUUCAUUUGGCUAUUCUUGAUUUUCCAGAGACUUGGACAGUGACUGACCUUCAGAGGUUCUGCAUAAUGCUGCGCUACAUAAAUGUACAGCUGUCCACCCUCACCCACUAUAACAUCGUUUGUCUGUGCUCUUUGAGCCAGCAAGCAGAAAUACAUCGUGUGCUUAGUUCUGAGACGUUCUGCAAGGUGGAACAUGCAUUUUACCGAAAAGGAAGUGUGCAAGAGGACAAUGCUCCUCGGUCCGUCCUGCAACAAGAUGUUGGAGCACUGGUUUGCGGUUUCUGGUCAGCAAGUGGCCGGGUGUCAACUGAUGACCAGCUGACAAGGCCACGGUCCAACUUCUUUGAUAUCAAAGAGCCAUGGACCUUGGCCAAGACAGACAACGGGUCUCCAGUGAAUGUACAUCAGAAGCCCCUCCAGCUGCUUCAAGACAUUGUGGACGCCAUGUCACCCAAACAAGGCUGGGUCCUUGAUGCCUGUAGUGGAACAGGAACAGGGAUUGUAGCGUGUCUGCUGGGAGGUCGCAACUGUGUUGCAGUUGAGCUGGAAGAGAGUCAGGCAGCACAUGUGACAAGGCGUCUGACAUCACUCGUGUUUCCUAAAGAAUAAAAAAAAAC